GGGCCAAGCGGGAAGCCAGGGAGGUCGCACCCACAGCACAGGUGGCGGGAGGGCGGGCGGGGCAGGUCCGCUCAGCAGCCCUGCCGGGCACGGCAGAGCUCGGUGAUCCGCUAGCACCUGCGUGGUCUGCAAGCGCGGUCCAGCCAGGUGCGCAGCCCCGGGCGCCGCGUCGCACGUGGCAGCAGGUGCGGCGCGGUCGCGGGCAGAGCCCCGGGCGUGGGGCGCGGCGGCAUUUAGCGGGAGCGCGCGGGGCCCUGGGAGCCGGACGCGGGCGCGCCAGUGGGGCCGAGCGGAGCGCAGCCGGCGUCCAGAAGCACGGCCCGCGCACCUUCCAAGUUUCCCGGGGCGCAGCCCCCAGGACGCCGCUCGGCCUUCGUCUCCAGCGGCGUAGCGCAGUACUUGCCUUAUCGCAGCGGUCUGGACCUAAACCUGCAAUCUCUGGAGUAUGUCCGUAUUCUUCAAGAGCAGUGAAAGAAGGUGAUGUGGAACAACUCAUUUCAACUUCAAAGCAUCACAGACUAGAAGCUUUCAACUGCACUGAAAAACCUGGGAGAUAGACAAUUUUUCCUUCUCUCUUAUUUGAAAGGAUUUAAAGAAGACAUAAAAUGGCAGAGGUUUAAAGUUAAUAUUCAGGAUGAAUGAUGAUAAUUCAGAUGACAAGACAGAAGAUGAACUGCAACCCUUAUUUAUCAGUGAUAAAGAUGGACAUACACACGCAUACGACCAAAGAUCACCACGGAACUCUCCAGCCGACAGUGGGCCCUGGCUUCCUGCCACCCCAGAUGACAUGGUGGUGGACUAUGAGACCAACCCUCCUGUGGACACUGGUGAAAGUAUUUCUUUAAACCUUCAGUGUGAUGAAAUACUUAAACACCAAACAUCUUCAAGUGGUGUAAUUACCAAGGAGGUGUUAGAUAUGCACAAAGAUUGCCCACAUCAGCCUUCUGCACAUGUUGUACGUACAGGGAAGCCCCACAGGUUCCUGUGUGACAGUUGUCAUUCCCUAGCGUCAUUUCAGAGCCAGAGUGUUGAGACAUCUUUGUCUUUUGUGUGGAAAUCCAACAGUGACGAUUUGCACUCUACAGACUACUCCUCGGCCUUGGAGCUGAACCAAACAUUGGACAUGAAAGUGGAGAACAUUAACUGCCCCUUCAUAAAACAUGAUGCUGUUGGAAAGAGUCAGUCUUUGCAUACCACUGGAAGUCUGCAGCCAACCGGCAUGAGAAUUAGAAAUGCAUCUUUAUCCUGUUGCAUUCAUACAUCUUCCCAUUCUGAUAAGAUAGAUGUGAGGGAAAUAAGUUAUGAUAGAGACACCUUUGGAAAUCCUCAAGCCACAGCAUCUGAGGCCCAAAACACAACUUACCCUGUGUUUUCUGAUGUGGUCAUGCAAGCUGAUGUUGUUCCAGAUACUGGCAAUCGGUGUCAGUAUUUUUCUGGAAAGGUCCCCAGUGAGUAUGCAGAUGGUUUACAGCAAAGACUGGUUGGAGAAAAAGAGAUACAUGCUCCAACACCAGUUUUUCAGGGCAUGGAUGUUCCCAGUGGGUCUGUAUUACAAGAGUUCUUUUGUUUAUCUAAAGAUGAACCAAACAGUGAGACCCAUUCACAGAGCUCAUACAGGCAAAAGGAAAUGGGCCACAAUCUUAGAGAAACAGUGUCUAAUUGUCUUAGAGAUGAUGAAUGUCCUUUACUGGUGCCAGCUUUUGAUAACAGUAAAGCCCAAGUGCUGAACCCAGAACAUGAAGUCACUGUGGCUGAAGACACAGAAAUUGCCUCCAAUGGAAAGGACUUAGGAACCCCAAAUCGUACCAUGGAAUUGCUACUGAGUAGCCCAGGGCAAAAGAUGGCUUCAUCGGUUGACCUGAGUUGGGAUGCAAAUGAUAUGGUUAUUAGCACAAAUGACACAGUUUGCAUGUCCACACCAGUCCUGGAACCCACAAACGCAACCUUCUCUGUUUCACCUAUCAAAGUGACAGAGAGCUGUGGUGCAAUGGGGAGGGCUAAUCGAGAGCUUACCGACUCACCAGACUUGAAGGGGGCACCUAUGAACAUGCCUAAACCCAAUCUAGGAAAAUCAGCAGACAAACCAAAUUCCCCUCUAGGUAGCAAAAUAAGAAAAACCGAAAUUAUAAGUUACCCAAGACCAAACUUCAAGAAUGUCAAAGCAAAGGUUGUGUCUAGACCAGUGUUGCAGUCCAAAGAGUCUGCUGUAUCAAAAGUGGUGGCCAGACCUCAGCUAAGCAGUGCCUCCUCACCCUCAGUAUCUUCCUCAAGACCCUUGACAGUUUUGAACAAAACACCAAGAUCUGACUUGAAUGCAGACACAAAACCAGAAAUCCUAAUUAACAAGAUGCAUAAGCAGCAAUUUAAUAAAUUCAUUACUAGCCAAGCUGUGCGUGUUACAACUCAUUCUAAAAAUGCUUCGCACAAGGUUCCAAGAACAACAUCUGCCAUGAAAUCGAAUCAGGAAGAUGUUGACAAAGCUGGUGCGCCUAAUUCAGCAUGUGAGACUGGGUCUCAGGCUGCAUUUUUCCAGAAGGUCAAAGACAUCGUCCCUGUUGAAAUGGCAAGCACGGAAUGUUCGGAAAUGACGUAUGCUUCCAGCAUCGACAGGAUUAGCCCUGAAAAGAAGGGUGAAAAAGAAAAUGGAAUACCUAUGGAAAAACAAGAGCUAAAAAAGAAAAUUAUGAACGAGACCUUUGAAUAUGGGUCCCUGUUUUUGGGUUCUGCUUCAAAACCCGCAGCCAGCGUGGGGAGGACCGCCUCCAAGCCUGACUCCUCCAGCCUGAGGAAAACGCCUGGUCCGAAAGCCCGAGUGGGGCCUUCUGUUUCCUGUUUGAGGUGGAACAGCGACAGUAGAAACCUCAGUUCUGAUCAAGCCUUGUCUUCUCAGAGGAUCAGGCGUGUGUCCAGUUCCGGAAAACCUACAUCCUUGAAAACUGCACAGCCGUCUUGGGUGAACUUGCCUAGACCGCUUCCUAAAUCCAGAGCUUUGAAAAAUUCUGUGCUGCGGAGGACAGGAAGCACCUCCCCUAUUACCAGCACCCACAGUGACCUGAGCACUUACAGCACGAAUUCUGGUAAUGGCACUGUCAUCAAGUAUGAGGAAAAACCUCCCAAACCAGCAUUUCAAAACGGUUCCUCGGGAUCCUUAUAUUUGAAGCCUUUGGGACCCAGAGCUCACGUACACGUACUAAAAACUCCUCCAAAAGGUCCCUCAAGAAAAAACCUAUUUACAACUUUUAAUACAGUUGAGAAGGACAGGCAAAGGAACCCCAGGAGUUUACGUAUCCAGACACAGACAACUCCAGAUGUGCCGUCCUCUGAGAAAACUUUUGAGUUGGAGCAAUAUAAAACAAAAUGUGAAAACCAAAGUGGAUUUAUCCUGCAGCUCAAGCAGUUUCUUUCCUGCGGUAACAUCAAGUUGGAAGCAUUAACAGUUGUGAUUCAGCACCUACUGUCAGAGCGGGAGGAAGCCCUGAAACAGCACAAAACCCUGUCUCACGAGCUUGUUAACCUCCGGGGAGAGCUAGUCACUGCUUCAACCACCUGUGAGAAACUAGAAAAAUCCAGGAAUGAGUUGCAAACCGCUUAUGAAGGAUUUGUCCAGAAGCUGAACCAGCAGCACAAGACUGAUCUAGCGGAGCUGGAGAAUCGGCUUAAAGAAUUUUACACCGGCGAAUGUGAAAAGCUGCAGAACAUUUACAUUGAAGAAGCAGAGAAGUAUAAAACUCAAUUGCAAGAGCAGUUUGACCACUUGAAUGCUGCCCACGAAACUUCCAAGUUGGAAAUUGAAGCUAGCCACUCUGAGAAAGUAGAAUUGUUGAAGAAGGCCUAUGAAAGCUCCCUUUCAGAAAUCAAGAAAAGCCAUGAAGUGGAAAAGAAAUCACUGGAGGACUCACUUUCUGAGAAGAAGGAAUCACUAGAGAAACAAAUCAAUGAUCUGAAGAGUGAAAAUGAUGCUUUAAAUGAAAAGCUGAAGUCAGAAGAACAAAAAAGGGUGUCAAGAGAGAAAGCAAAUUUGAAAAACCCUCAGAUCAUGUAUCUGGAGCAAGAGUUGGAAAGCUUGAAAGCUGUGUUAGAGAUCAAGAAUGAGAAACUGCAUCAGCAGGACGUCAAGUUAAUGAAAAUGGAGAAACUGGUGGCCAGCAACACAGUCUUGGUCGACAAGUUGAAGCGAUCCCAGCAGGAGAAUGAAGAAUUAAAAGCUCGCAUGGACAAGCACAUGGCAAUUUCAAGGCAACUUUCCACAGAGCAGGCUGUCCUGCAAGAAUCCUUAGAGAAAGAGUCGAAAGUCAACAAGCGCCUCUCCAUGGAGAAUGAGGAGCUGCUGUGGAAGCUGCACAAUGGGGACUUGUGCAGCCCCAAGAAGUCCCCCACAUCCCCCGCUGUCCCUUUCCAGUCGCUGAGGAACUCCAGCUCCUUCCCCAGCCCCAGCGUGUCACCCAGAUGACGCCUUCCAGAAGCUGGGAGACUGUACGCCUUGUCACAGGUCUGUAGGACUGACCCUGACUCCACCCAGGGUGUGGUUGCUACAUCAGCUGACAUGUCAUUACCACCCCAGAACUGGAAAGUCACCGCCCCCAGACCUGGCUCCCUGUGGGCCUGGAAUCUGGAGGAAGACUUGUGUGACUCAGUCCCAGAGACCUCCUCCCCAAAAGAUCUCAGAAUCGACACAGCUGGACACCAUUGCACAAAGCACUUACAGAACAAGAGGGUCUUGUUCAUUGCCUUUCCCACCUAAGCAUAAGGGGAAAAACUCUCAGGGGCCUGUUAAGAUAAAGAUUUAUAACCUUUAUAAUGUUCUUCACCACAGACACCUUCUUGUGAUUUCUACUUCGGUCUGGCUGGGCAAUGUGUGAAUGAGAUGGGUGUAACAAGUGUCAUGUGUCUGACGCUGUCUCCUUUGUUUGCUGUGUACUGAAAGUCAAAAGCUGACUCUAUCUGGAUAUGUACAAAUCAGAUAAUAGCCUGUGUAUGCAUUUCUGGAAAAGCCAUAGAAGAAGGAGCAAUAGCAGCUUGAAUUAUGAUUCUCUACCACGAACUUGGCUCAGCCCUUGACGUAGAGGAGAGGCGAUAACAGGAAAGCUUUGACUCGUCUAGGUCUGUAAGUCUCUGUAUCCUUUAACUCAUCGGCAGUUUCUCGGUGCUUAGCCGUGUCAGUUGAGACGAUGUUGUUUUCUGUAGAUUUCUAUCUUACCCCUGUGACACUAAUAUUAUACUAUGAUCUAUCUUCUCAGGCUAUCAGCAAAUGUAGAACCCUACUUUUCCUAAAAAUCUACAAAAGGGCAGAACCCAUGAAUUGCUUCUGCCUUAUUUUUACCUUGAUCUGAGCUGCCCUCACAGAUUUAAACUGUCUUCUCUCCCGUUAUCAUUCUUAUUUCAUCCCCUUCUCCUUCCUCCCCCAUCCAGAGCCACAAAAGCAACCCUUCUACCUCCUAUCUACUUUCCUCUGGGACAAGGAAUAUGCUUUUCCAGAGGCAGCUCAUUGUCAAGGUGCUGAAUCCACUUUCAAAAAAAAAAAACCAAGGCCUGGAUCUGACAGUUAAAAUUUGGGGGAGCCUUAGAAUAAAGAUAGGAUUCAGUGCUUAUUGAGAAGUACCUGGUUUAAAACAGAGAUAGAGCAUUUAGUAGAACAGAAAGUCUGGGCAGAUAAGUUUCCAUGUACCCUUGGAGAAAUCUUUCUGUCCUUGGGAAGGGAGCAGAAUGGCCAGCCGAUGAGGGGGAAAUGUGGCUUGUCUAACUCCCCUCCAAGUUGCAUUUCAAUUUCUUUUCAAAAUUCAUUACCCUCCCCAACUCUAAUACUCUGGGGGAGGUAGAAGGAAGAACUGUGGCCUUUCGUGCCUCUCCCCACUUGUGUCAACAUUGUUAUGUCAGUAUUUACUGCUGUGUGUUGCUGACAUUAGAUGGUUGUACAAAUAACCCCUCUAGUAAGAACAGGUUCAGGAUACCAGAGGUGGGUAUUUGAGCCAUUCUUACAUGUACACUGCAUAGCAAAUUGAUGUUCAUGAUGCAUGAUUUUUUAGUGAUUGUAUCUGAAGUCUUUAACCUGCAACAGUUUAUUACGUAUGUAACUUUCUAUGUUUGCUUCUGAUAAAUGGGAAUGUAGAUUUACUGCCACCUCCUGGAAUCUCUCUCUGCUCACCCUUCCAAGUUCUCCAUGUCAUUAGCCAAAGUUGGGUUCGCCAUCUAUCCCCUACACGUGGUAAGUCUUGUGCUGUUUCCUGCUGUCUGGGGAAAUCAGUCUUACACAGUUUAAUACAAAAUGUCCUCAGAGGUAUGGAAGAUAAACAGGAGAGAAGAUAGGAAACAAAACAGUUUCCUAUCAAGAUUUUUUGUUUUGCAAACCAAAUGUUUCACAUAGGAUGCAAAAUGUCAGCAUGUCAUAAAAAUACAGAUGUGUAAACAGCUGUAGUGCUCAGUUUAUAGUGAUGGAAAGUGUAUUUUACUUUGAUCAAAUAAAUAAUGCUGGAAUAUUCAAUUUAAGAAUUGCAACCUCUGCUGUAGUCUGCUCACCACAACACUGUUGCCUGCUUUUCAUGAGAGCUGAUAUCUUGUCUCUUACGCUAUUUCCCAGGAAUUUCCAGUGUAACCACAAAAUUGGUCAAGGACUGAAAGCUGGCUCACAGAGCUAGACUCAGAGCUAAACUAUUCUAAAUUCCAAGCUGUAUGUAUUUUGGAAAUAAAUUUUGACUGAUUUUAACAAUU